AUGGCACGUUCCAAACAGUCCGCGAAACGUCGGAAAGGCGGCAAUAAUCGAGAAAGCAAGGGAAAGAAGAGAAGGAAAAUAGAGAGAAAGUUCUGGAUUCAAGAUUGCCCCGAUACCCAGCCUCCAGAGGAUAUUUCAGAUGGAGUUGUCUUUGAUGUGAUGAUUACACGGGUGGAACUUAGUGAUGAUUACAAACAAGUAUCACAGGCAUCAAAGGCUAUGGAAUCAUUGAAUGUACCAGACGAAUCUACCGAUAGUAAGACUGAGGUGGCGAGUGAAGGCGCCAACCAACAAAAUUUCAUUGAAUUGCCGAAGCCAGAAAAAGAAGAUUCGAACAACGACCUGCCUGAGCAAAAGGAGCCAUCGAGCACUUUGAUUGAUUCUACAAGUGCUCAAAACUCAGGUUCCCAUCAUGAUGAUCUGUCUGACACAAUAGUCGAUGGAGAGGCUGCAAAAGAUACUAGCAUUGAGCCUGCAAAUGGAUCGUCGCAGGAUGACCCGGGAGAGAAAACCAAACCCGCCGUCCGUCCCUACAUUGUCAUAAAGAGAACAGCGAGUGCAAAGGGACGUCUACGAAACUCCUAUGAGAACGAAGACGACUUCAAGCCAUUGCCAAAUGGAGACUGUGGCGAUGGCACAACAAACCCUUACUCCAAUGAAGAGGUUCCUGAUAAAUUCUGGUCUCAACGUCGGCGUCUCUUUUCGCGUUUUGACUCGGGAAUCCAGCUGGACAAAGAAUCAUGGUACUCUGUGACUCCCGAAGCAAUUGCCAAUCACAUUGCUGCUCACAUGGUGUCCAACAACCAGAAUAAAGUGACUAUACUCGAUAUGUUCUGUGGCUGUGGUGGUAAUGCAAUCGCAUUCGCUCGCAGAGACGAGGUGAAGUGUGUCGUUUGUAUUGAUAGUGACCUGGAGAAGCUUCGAAAGGCGGCACAUAACGCAAAGAUCUACGAUGUAGCACCGGAAAAGAUGAUAUUCAUUCACAGCGGUAUUGGCAAUGUGCUGAAGCACUUCAAUGAUGGGAAACUUCAGAAAGAUCAUGACUCUAACGCGAACACCAUAUGUUUAGAGAAAGAGUGCAAUGGUUACAAGAUUGGAGGGACAAGUCUCUUGCCCGAGUCCAUUGAUAUGACCUUCAUGUCACCCCCAUGGGGUGGAGUGAACUACGGCAAAGUCGGGAAGAGGAACUACAAUCUUGGGUGUAUUGCUUUGAAGGAAGAUGGUAUCGAUUAUAACGGCAAUGUAUUGUUGAAACAGACUUCCAAGGCGCUAGGACCGAGACCGCUUGCUCUAUUUUUACCACGGAAUAUCAAUGGUCAGUCUCUUGGACAAAGCAUGGUAAGAUGCGGUUACCAAGGUCCACUUGUCAUGGAACAGAAUAUAUUGAAUGGAAAGCUAAAGACUAUCACGACAUAUGUUGGAUUUGGAUGA